ACAGAAGGCGUCUUUUAUUGUGUGUGUGUGUGUGUGUGCGCUGUGAACCUUGUCCGUCCACAGUGUCACAGUCUGAGCAGGAACACACACUCGGGACUCCAUGGGGUCCUCCACAGGUUGCCAGGAUGCGAUGGAAUUCCCACGUUUUACCUUCAAUCCGAAGGAAGGGAUUGAUAAUCCAGCUCUGGUCCUCUCUGAUGAUCCUGAGCCGGAUCAGAGCCCCCUGCCCAGACUGUGCCAGCUGAAGCGCUUGGAGGGGCAGGGCUUUGGCUUCUACCUGCGGGUGGACCAGAGCAGCCAGGGCUUUGAGAUCAGAAAUGUGGACCCUUGGAGCCCUGCAGAGCAAAGCGGCCUCAGAGACGGAGACCGAGUGCUGGAGGUCAAUGAGGAAAAUGUGGACAACAUGGACUUCUCCAGGAUUGUGGGGAAGAUCCAGUCAUGCGGCUUGCACUUGUUUCUCCUGGUGUUGAGGAGGGAAGAGUAUGAACAGGCAGUGUCUGUUGGUGUGGACCUGCAGAUACUGGCCAAGGCCUCCAAAGGGGACCGCUGGUCGAGACCACGACUGUGUCACAUCAGCAGACACGUGGAGUAUGGCCUGGGGAUGACCAUCGUCUCAGUGGAAGGUCAGAAGGGCCAGUAUAUUGUGAGCACAGUGACUGACGGUGCAGCAGAGAAAGCUGGUGUCUGCACAGGAGACAGACUGAUAUGGAUCAACGGCGUCACGGUGUCAACACUCACACACUCCACUCUCAACAGAACUGUGAAGAAGAGUGGGGACUCGGUGACAGUGCUGGUCAUCGACCGUGAAAGUGAGUCUUGCAAUGUCAGGAGGAAGAUGCCUACCCUGCCUGUGGUGGCAGAAUGCUGCAGCCUCCCCCACACUCCCAAAACCAUGCAUCUGGUUAAAGGACCCGAUGGAUACGGCUUCCUGCUGAGACAAGAGAAGCUGGCAGGCACUCGACGGAUAGUUCAUGUGCUGAGGGAGGUGGAUGUGGGAAGUCCAGCAGAGGGUGCAGGGAUGGAGGAUGGAGACCUGCUGCUAGCUGUCAAUGGGAACCCUAUUGAGUCUAUGGAGCAUGAGGACAUCGUCAAAAAGAUUAGAGAGAGUUGUGAUAAAGUCAUCCUCACCUCUAUAUCUAUACCAGGAAGAGACUUUUACAGAGAGUUAGGCAUUCCUCCCCUGUUGUUCCAUGACAAAUGUACACUCAAGGAUGUCAGGCAGCGGACUGCCUCCCACUGCACCAAGAACCAGAGUGCAACCCCUCUGAGCGAUGGAGAUGGAUGUACGACAUAUUCCACAAUGUAUGUUCAGGACGGAGGGGAGACAGGCUCUGGUUUCCACUCAGACCAUGUCCCGGAUCGGUCAGGAACAUUAACCACACAGCUGUCAGAUAGGACAAGUGAUGCUUUCUUGUGAUGGAAAUGCACAGAACCGAAUUACAUCAGUAGACAGAGGAAGACGAGGAGCUCAGUUCUUAGAAGCAAAUUUUGAUUUUCUUUUUUUCAAAAUCCCCUGUCUUCUGGGUGUAGGGCCCAUGUUUUGCCACUGGUUGCUCCUCAAUCUUUAAUGAGAUAUUUUUAACCUAUUGAACUCCAACUGUACAUUUUGAUUAAACAUGUUUUGUUAAUUAUAAACAAUGGUUGUUUUCUGUGAAUCUUAAUGUAUGGUUUAAGCUGUGAAAUAUGUUUUAAUUAUUUAGCACCAUAUAUGGUAAAUGGACUGCUUUUCUAGUCUAAGCGGCCACUUAAUGCCCAAGCCAGGAUUCACCCGCUCACACACUCACUGGUGGCAGAGGCUACCACACAAGGUGCCACCUGCUCAUCAGGAGCCAUAACAUUUAAACCCACUCUCAGGAAGCAGUUUGUGUUCAGUAAUUCGCUCAAAGACAGUUCAACAUCUACCUCCUGAGACACAGCCGCCCAUAUAGAAGCUUAUACAGAA